CUAAUAACCCAAAAACUAUAACAAGAAAAAGAAAGCAGAAACACACUCCAGGUCGUAGACUCAUAGUAGCUAAGUAACUCACGCGCUCAAUUCUUCCGCUAAGAAGAAGACAAGUGUCGUCUCCAUAUUGCACCCCAGUAAUCACAUAUACCACGCGCUUUAAAAGGCCGUGGACCCACGCAGCACACAACCCAUUGCCUCUCCCUCCCGAGAUGACUCCCGCUUCCAAAACUCUCUUCUAAACCCGGAAAACACAGCCGUGGGUUCAAAAAUCACACUCCUAUCCGUCGGCUCUGUCUCUAUCUCAAAAUCCCUUCAAAAUUCGUAUCUAAAACGAAACCGAAAACGACGAGUAGAAGAAAAAGGAAUACCCAUUGAGAUAUAAACCAUGGAAACGCCUACAAUCAAGCACCCGAAUCUGAACCAAACGGCAAAAGUACUUGAUUUUCCUUUGAAAUCCCACACCAACUCACACUCUCAUUCUCCGAGCUUUCUCCAGCACAACGGCUUCAACUCCUCCGAGCUCCCAAUCUCCGACAUAGAGAUGAUAGCCAUACAGUCAAUGGAGUACACGAGUCUCAAGGACCUGUUGCCGCUGUCGAGCUUGUCACCGACAAACAACUCGAGCUGGUACGACGAGAUCCCGAUCAAGAAUCCGCUGGUCAAGCACGCGGCUCUGGCUUAUCUCCAGCCUAUGUCGACGCCUCGGGAGGCCGGGGACAAGGGCUUCUUCGGGAGGCUCAGGGAGCAAUAUUGCUCUUGCGAGGGCGGUUGCUUAUGGUGGCUCGGCUACGUCGUUUCGAUAAUUAAGGAAGCUUUUCGAGAGAGAAGAGAGAUUCUGUAUUAUGCUGAGGAUGAAGGGGAAGAAGACGAGGAUGAUGAUGACGAUGAUGAGAAGGUUGACUGAGACAGAGAGCAGAGUUGCUUUUUUGCAACCAUGGAGGUUUGACCGUCAGCAAUGAUCCCCAUAUCCUGGCUGUGGGGGCCAAAGGAAUUUCUGCAAUGAAUCUCUUGGCUAGCUCAAGAUUGCUGGUGCGGCCAAUAAGAUCAAUCAUACAGCCAUAAUGCUCUAUUCCAGG